AAUGUGUUUAAUAAGUUCACAAAUUUACAGGCCACACUCACUGCAAAUUGCACGGCCUACGAAGUGAAUGAAAGGAAGAAACAGAUUCACCAAAUCCUUAAUAAACAAAGAGAAGAAGAGCCAGAGCCUAUCUUCUUCUUCCACUCUGUCUUAACCUGUUUCUUUCUCAUGUUAUGAUCUUCUGUUCAUUCACUCAGACACUUCUUCAGAGAGAGAGAGAAGCAUCUUUCUCUGCAGCAUUCUUCAAUCAUUUUGCUGUUUAUGAUAAGGUUUCACCUGUUUCCCUUGUCUGUCAUUUUCUCCCUUCCAUGAAAAUACAACAUGACAAUGGGAGAAGAAGAGUCAUUGGCAGCACUCCCAUUUGACAGAACUGUUGAACAGGCUAUUGUGUCGAUAAAGAAAGGUGCAUAUUUACUCAAGUGUGGUGAUAGAGGAAAGCCAAAGCUAUGUCCCUUCAGACUUUCUCCGGAUGAGAGAAACUUGAUUUGGUACUCUGGCCAGCAGGAAAAACAUUUGCGGUUGAGUGCGGUUACGAAAAUCGUUCAAGGCCAAGGAAAUAUAAGGUCCCAGAGGCAAAUUGAACAACCUGAAAAGGAGUACCAUUCGUUUUCACUCAUCUAUGCAAACGGGGAACGCUCCCUUGAGCUGAUAUGCAAGGACAAAGCUCAAGCUGCUUCUUGGUUUGUUGGAUUGAAGGCUGUGAUUUCUAGGAGCCAACAACCCAGAGCUUUUAGUAGUUUAAGAAGCUGCAAAGGGGUGCAGAGUUGUGUUAGUAGUCCAGCUGGAUUCCUAAGAAGAAAGAAAAAUCUUGGCCUUCUGGAUGAAACCUCUCAAUAUACUCAGGUACACAGCUCAUGUGCAAGUCCUACAUUGUCACUUUCCGAAAGGUACUUUUCUGAUGCCUUGUCAUGCACAUCAGACAACUUAUAUUCAUCAGCAUCUUUCCUCUCCAGCUCUCAUGGAAUAGCAGAUAAUUCGGUCCCAAGUUCUCCUUAUAUUGAUCCACAUACUCAUAGCAAGCGUGAUUCAAUGCGCGUUGACAAGGAAUCCAAGACGGAUUUGUCCUACCGGUCUGCGAUGCCUCCUUCCUCCCCACAUGUAACAAAUAACAAUGUAUUGAAGGAUAUAAUGAUAUGGGGUGGAGGGAUUGAAUGUCUUGUAGGGAUUGUGAAUGAAAGGUUUGCACAACAAAAAAAUUAUUCUUUAGUUCCAAAGCUACUUGAAUCCACUGCAAUGUUAGAUGUAAAAAAUAUAGCUUUAGGAGGAAAACAUGCUGCUUUAGUUACAAAACAAGGGGAAGUGUUUUGCUGGGGUCAAGGGAAAUGGGGAAAACUGGGGCAGAAAAUUGAUAUGGACAUUAGCUCCCCCAAAAUUGUUGAUUCUCUUAGCGGUAUUCAUGUAAAAGACAUUGUCUGUGGUGAGUAUCAUACAUGUGCUUUGACAGAUUUUGGUGAAGUCUACACUUGGGGGAACGAUGUUUGCAGUUUAGAUUCGGUCGAUAAAGGGAGAAUUAAAAGUCAUUGGAUACCACAUAAACUUACUGGACCAUUAGAUGGUAUUAGUAUUUCAAGUGUUUCUUGUGGGGAAUGGCACACUGCAAUUGUCUCUAGCUGUGGGAGGUUAUUCACAUAUGGAGAUGGUACAUUUGGAGUUCUCGGGCACGGGGAUCGCCAAAGCUUUUCGAAACCUAAAGAAGUUCAAUCUCUCAGUGGUUUAAGGGCGAGGUCUGUUGCCUGUGGAUCAUGGCACACAGCUGCUAUUGUUGAAGUCAUGUUUGACCGGUUUCGGUACAAUAGUCCCACAGGUAAGCUUUUCACAUGGGGUGAUGGAGAUGAAGGGAGGCUUGGUCAUGCUGAUAAUGGAUCCAAGCUUGUACCGACUUGUGUUGCACAGCUUGUUGACUAUGACUUUGUUCAAGUAUCUUGUGGAAGAAUGUUGACUGUAGCACUAACUAACAUGGGUAAGGUUUUUGCAAUGGGAAGCGCAAAGUAUGGACAAUUAGGAAACCCACAUGCUAGGGAUAGGGCAGUUAUGGUUGAAGGAAUGCUUAAGCAAGAGUUUGUGAAAGUGAUAUCGUCUGGUUCGUACCAUGUUGCUGUUUUGACAUCUGCAGGGAGUGUCUAUACAUGGGGAAAGGGUGAAAAUGGGCAACUAGGGUUAGGUGAUACUGAAGACAGACACACGCCUUGUUUUGUCGAGGCUCUAAGAGAGAGGCAGGUAGAUACUAUAACUUGUGGACCGAGCUUCACAGCUGCAAUAUGUUUGCACAGACCCAUUUCUAUUAGUGACCAAUCAACUUGUAGUGGUUGUAGGUUGCCAUUUGGAUUCACAAGGAAGAAGCAUCACUGUUAUAACUGUGGUCUCUUAUUCUGUCGCAAUUGUAGUAGUCGAAAGGCUUUAAAUGCGUCUCUAGCCCCGAGUAAGAGCAAGGCCUUUCGGGUCUGUGAUCAGUGCUUUGAAAGACAGCAAGGAAAUAAUACACAUUCAAUUCUGGGCUCAAGGUCAAGAAAUUGCAACAACCCUCAGCAGAACAAUUUUGGUGAUCUCACUGAAGAUAGGGGAGGAACAACCAUGACGCAGGGUCCUCUAUUGUCUCCUGGUCAAUCUUGUUACCGAAAAAGCAUGCCGAGUGGAAGGAAGGACUGGAAAAACCAACAAGAAAACCAGCAGGAUUUAGAAGAGAAAUCUUCUGUGUUAAGUGGAGUGGCACCAUGGGGGCAAGUUCAAUACCCUGCACUAUUUAAAAACAAUUUAGCAGAAUAUUCAGCUAUGCUUGUUUCUUCAUCAAAAAAUAAAUUAGCUGCAGUUUCACCACUGAAUGUAGAACCAUCAGAACACAAGCUACCCUAUGCAGAGACAGAUACAAAAAAGUCUGAUAAGAUGCUCAUAGAAGAAGUUCAGAGGCUGAGAGAUGAGGCAAGGAGACUUCAAGAGCAGUGUGAUCUCAGAGACAACAAAAUACAAGAGUGUCAACAAAAAAUUGAUGAGAGUUGGCUUAUAGCGAAGGAGGAAGCUGCUAAGUGCAAGGCAGCAAAAGAAGUCAUUAAAGCUUUGGCACUAAGGUUGCAGCUCCAUACAAUAUCAGGAAAAGAUAAUGUUGGGCAAGAAGGAAAGGCUGGACUACAUGAAUCUCUUCCUAAUUUGGCACCGGUACAUACAGAUAUGAACAGUCCAAGAGAUAGCAACAUGGACAGUCUCUCCAAUUCCCCUAUAGUAUUCUCUGCCACAUUAAAAUCCAAAUUUGGAAAAAGUAAGUUCCUAAAAAAUGAUAGAUCGAAGGAGAAUUCUAACUUAACUCAAGCAGAACCUCAACAGGAUACUGCAGAUGGCUUGAAGGUUGAAUGGGUAGAACAGUAUGAACCUGGUGUUUAUAUCACACUUACAACCUUGCCAUGUGGGAAUACAGGCCUUAAACGCGUGAGAUUUAGCCGGAAGCGAUUCUUUCAGAUGGAAGCUGAACGUUGGUGGGAAGAGAAUCAAUCUGCAGUGUACCAUAAGUAUGAGAUUGAAGGAUAUAAAAGCACUAGCCAAAAUCAGGUGAAAGGCUAAAUUUUUACAUGCCAUUCAUCUCUAGCAGUUUUCACUAUAGUUUUUGGUAGGUGGUGAUGUUGGGUUCAGGAUUUAGAUAACAGGUUUACUGCAAGAGAGAUCAAGUUUUAUUUAUUGUAUGAGCAUUAGUAUGGGCAUUCCACCCUGUACAGUCACCAAUAACAGUGUCUCUUAAUUUUCUCAAUUUUAGUAUUAUAAAGUUGUUCAAA